AUGUUCAACCUGAAGACCACCAUCCUCAUCGCCAUGGGCGUUCUCUCAGCCACCGCUGCCCCUACAGUGCAUACCUCAUCUGACGGCCGCAUCACGGCUGGUCAGAACACGGCCUUUGUGUUUGCCUGCCAGAACGCUCGCUGGGGCAACCCAUGCCAAACCUUUGGAUCCAACCCCGGUACAUGCUUCAAUGUCCCCGGCAGCUACAAUGACCGCAUCAGCUCCAUCCGCAACCUUGACAAGAACCGCUUCCACUGUGUCUGGUAUGAACACUCCAACUGCGGAGGCCGCUCUUACGGUAACCAGGAGGAUGCCAAUCUUCACGAUGGCAACGGCUUCUUCAGCGACCGCAUCAGCUCCUGGCGUUGCAACACCAGACAGUUCCGCACAGCAGCUGGCGGCUCUGGGGCUGUGGAGGUGGCUGAGCAGCAGUAA